AUGGAUGCUGUGACUGUGUACCAUGGCAAAAUCAGCAAAGAGACUGGGGAAAAGCUCCUGCUCGCCACAGGACUGGAUGGCAGCUAUUUGCUGAGGGACAGUGAGAGUAUCCCAGGCGUGUACUGCUUGUGUGUUUUGUAUCAAGGUUACAUUUAUACAUACCGAGUAUCCCAGACCGAAACAGGUUCUUGGAGUGCUGAGACAGCACCCGGGGUACAUAAAAGAUUUUUCCGGAAAAUAAAAAAUCUUAUUUCAGCAUUUCAGAAGCCAGAUCAAGGCAUUGUAAUACCUCUGAAGUAUCCAGUUGAGAAGUCCUCGGAUAGAAGCACACAAGGAAGAAGAGAUUCUGAUGUCUGCCUGAAAACACCAUGA